CCCCCUCGACAGUCUUAUCAACGCAAUUUUGUGAACCUUCUGAGCGCAAAUGUGACACUGUUCCGACUGAAGGUCCUGGUGUCACUCUGUGUCUUUCUGUCCUCCUCUGAGCAGCCAUGGGAAACCAUCUCUCCAUCGCAGACCGCAGCAAAAUGCCAUUGGGAGAGGAUGGACCAUCUUGGAAAAAGAAAACAUCCAACGUCAAGGAAAUCUAUGAUUUCAAGGAGGUUUUGGGAACCGGGGCUUUCUCUGAGGUGAUGCUCGCGGAGGAAAAGAGAACGAGGAGACUCGUGGCCAUAAAGUGUAUCCCCAAAAAAGCUCUGGAGGGGAAAGAGAACAGCAUCGAGAAUGAGAUCGCCGUUCUACACAAGAUUAAACAUGCCAACAUAGUUUCCCUGGAGGACAUAUUCGAGAACAAAUCACAUCUCUACCUUGUCAUGCAACUGGUGUCCGGUGGAGAACUCUUCGACAGGAUUGUGGAAAAAGGAUUUUACACCGAGAAAGACGCCAGUAAGCUCAUUCAACAGAUCUUGGAUGCUGUGAAAUACCUGCAUGACAUGGGCAUCGUGCACAGAGAUCUGAAGCCGGAGAACCUGCUGUACUACAGUAUGGAUGAAGACUCCAAAAUCAUGAUCAGUGAUUUCGGUCUGUCUAAGAUCGAGGGUUCAGACAGUGUUAUGAGCACAGCGUGUGGUACACCUGGAUACGUAGCUCCUGAAGUUCUUGCACAGAAGCCGUACAGUAAAGCUGUGGACUGCUGGUCGAUCGGGGUCAUCGCAUACAUCCUUUUAUGUGGAUAUCCACCGUUUUACGAUGAGAAUGAUGCCAAGCUCUUUGAGCAGAUCCUUAAAGCGGAGUACGAGUUUGAUUCACCGUACUGGGAUGAUAUCUCAGAUUCAGCCAAAGACUUCAUUGUGCAUUUAAUGGAAAAAGAUCCCAGUCUGCGUUACACGUGCGAUCAGGCUCUUCAGCACCCGUGGAUCGCUGGAGACACCGCGUUGGACAAGAACAUUCAUGAAUCUGUCAGCGCUCAGAUCAAGAAGAACUUCGCCAAAAGCAAGUGGAAGCAAGCAUUUAAUGCAACAGCGGUAGUUCGUCACAUGCGCAGACUGCAGUUGGGAACUAGUCAGGAGGGUCAGACACAGUCCACUCUGCCCAGUCCCUGCCACGGGCAUCUACUGCUGCCUGAAGGAGACGAAGAAGAGAGCUCCCUGCGGAGGGAGAAUAGUGUCUGUACUGAGGGGGUCACUGAGGGGGUCACUGAGGAAAACGACAUACAGAACUGCACCUACCACGUCCACCCCACCAGUCGGGUCUGAGUGUCGAUCAUCCCGCAGUAACCAAUGACUGACUGUCCUGUUUUUCCACUGGAGUCCUGCCACACCCCCCAGUCUGGCCGGGAAUACUGAGUAGCUCCAGCAUCCUUCCACUAGGAGGCGCUUCAGUGUAAAGAACCCAGGUGGGAAGGGGGUCACUACUGUUCCAAUGGAGGGAUUCUGUUUAAUGAGAGGAGAGUUUUAAAAGAAGAGACAAAGAAGAUUGGAACUGGAAAGAGAUUGGACAGUGUUUAACUCAGUUUAAAACGUAACAUAUUUGAAUUUCCUGAACUAAAAGUAUACAAAAGUCUGAUUUUAUUUUUAAAUGUCCACCUUUGACGGGUUCAUGACCUUCAGAUGUGGUUAAAUGUAACAAAAUAUUUGAUGUGAGAUUAUGAUCUGAAUAUUCUUCACAACAGUAAUCCGCAUGUUAACUACAUCUCUGCAUCCUCAUGCUUACAUGAACCUCACAUCAAAUCGAUCAUUAUACUUCAUUUUUUUAACAUUGCAUUACAUCAGAAAUUCAUUGUCAGUUUGUUUCAGCAAGUCUCUCACAUCAAAUACUCUCUGUUGUGCCUUCAGUAUCAAUGCUUUUCCACCCUUUUUGCAUAUUCACCUACAGCUCUUCGAAGCUACGCAUUGUCUGCGGCGCUCUGUACAUUGUUUCAUUCGUGCAUCAUCAUUUUUCUUCUCAAUCUGAAAACCUCUUUCCAUCACAACAUUAAAAGUACUCAGGGGAGGAAAAUAAUCAAACAGAUUAGAUUUAUUGAACGGUUGUGGUUUACAAGAGAAAAAAGCUACAGGAAACUACAGUACGCACCACUACACGUCUAUGGUCUAAAUCAGGGGUUUUCAAACUGGGGUCUCCAGACGAUUCUAUAGGGGGUCUCCAGAAAAUCUCAUUUUAAAAGUCAGUAUAAGUGUUUCAUUAAGAAGUGUUUAUCUCUUCUUUCUUGCAUACUUUCCAGAAUAUUUUUUUAUCUUAUAGUGACACUCACAGGGGUUUGUAUAGUACUCUUUGCAAAGAUGUAAUGAAAAUUGCUACAGUACAAAUACAUUUGAAUUGAAAUGGGCUAGUUGCUAGCUUUUGGAAGCCAGGGUCGGCAGACUCAUUUCCGGUUGUUAAACAAUGUAUGGGGAAAGGAGGAUUUAGGACAAAGUAUGGGUGUUUUAGAUAAAAAAAGAAGAAAGUAAUAUAUAAGAGAUAUGCCAGACCCUCAUUACAUUGCUAAGCACUUCGUUAAGCCAAAAUCGACCCUGGUGUUGCAAAAGCUCUCUGGCGCCAUCUUGUGCAACUAGCCCAUUUGUUAAGCGUUAUACAUCCAUCAUUUGUCUUAUUUAGCCAAUCAUUUAAUAUGUUGUCUUUACAAAAUCACACUUAAUAUUAAUUUAACACACCUAAAUAUCUCUUUAUGCAAAAUAUUGGAUAAAGGGCAUAGAUGAAUAUGUAUUUUAGGAAGGGGGUCCUCAAGAAAGGUUCAUCAUCUCUGGGGUCCCUUGCAUGGUAAAGUUUGAAAACCCUUGGUCUAAAUAAUAGAUUUAACAUUCUACACUAUGGAAUCUGUUUAAAAGUGACCUCCAUUAAAGAAAUGAAUGUGUGACUUCA